CUGAGGCCGUCCUGCCGCUAAGUAACCCAGCUGGGCUUCAAACGCAGCAGGCUGGUUCCAAGUCUAGGCUCCUCACACCUUCAGACGGUGCUUCUCACCAAGCCAUCGCGCGCAGCUAGUUUAGAGCACGAAGCCCUUGGACCAGUGUCCAGCGCGUCGGGAAACGCAGGCGCAUACGGAGUGUUAGUAUUACCGUGGUACACGGGACACAGGCGGCACCCUUGAAUCCCAUCCACGCAGCCCCCCUCGAAGGCCAAGGCUGGGUAGGAGGCAGCCAACUGUGCCCCUUCCUCAUUUCCCACAGAGGAAAAGCUGGGUGGUGCCAGGGAGGGGCGGUGAGUCAGGGCUAAGGACCUAGGACAAAGGUCGGGCGGAGCUCCGCAGAAUUCCUUGGGCGGGCAGGUCCCGCUGCUCCUCCCCCUGCCUCCCCACCUCCCUUCUCGGCACUACUGCAAGCCGUCCUGGCCCUCCGGACACAUCUCUCAGCACCAUGGAGUUUGACCUGACGGCAGCCCUGGAGUCCACUUCCAAGAAGCCCCCGGGGGCAGACCCGGUUGGAGGCCCUAAGCACAGCCCCCCCAAAGUUCAGGGUUGCCCAGAGGCAGGGACACCUCAGAAUCCGAGGCAUGGCCACAGCAGCUCCUCAGAUUCCAGUAGCAGCAGCUCCAGCGACUCAGACACAGAGGUGAAGCCCCAUGGUGCUGUCUCCAAGCAGCAUGACACCUCCCCGGCCAAGGCCAAGAAGCCCAAGGUGAAGAAGAAGAAGGAAGGGAAGGACAAGAAGAAGGACACUCGCCACUGAGGGGUCCUGGGAGGGGCUCAUUAAACCUUCCUCUCUGCCUCCUGGUUAGGAGUGAGCGGAGUGUUCGGCUCCU